AUGUCUUACAAUAAUGCUUCAAACGCUGCUAUGAAAGCUGCCCAAGAAUCAAACAAAGCUCAAAACAGAGCUUUAGAAGCUGCUAUUCACGGUAAUUCUGGUGCUCCAGGUAAUAGUACUAUGUAUCAAACUAUGAUCAACAACAACCAAGCUAAUAGAGACAUGCAAGCUGCUAUGAUUGCAAACAACCAAGCUAAAAGAGGAUACUAA